UCUUGUUUAAAGAUGUUUGGCAAAGUCAUGAGGCGAUAAUGGGUAAAGACGAGGAAUUGUGCGUUCAAUUCAAGGCCUCUUUAGGUGCCUUUUACGUGCCAGUGAAAAGGAACAGAUACGAAACCAGACUUGAACCCAACUCUCGAAUUUAUAGCCAGGCAUAUUGCUCUUCUAACACCUGUAAAGCUGAGACAAGUUCUGUGGUCGUAUAUUCCCUUAAAAAAGAAACGAGCGGGGGACUCCGGGAUGAUUUCCUUGUCCUAGAACAGUGACCACAGCCUCACGCUCAGGAACAGAAGACUGGGUCGCCAACAAGUCGGAGUCAAACCCAGAAACGGACCUGGGGGGCCUUCAUCCCAUAAUCGAAAUUAAGGUGGUAAACGGAGAGCGAUGUUUGGAAGUGGGGUACCUUGCGGAGCAUGCCGGGGGUUGUAGUCGGGGACGUUCCACAGCACCGCCCGCCACCCCGGGCUCCCAGCGCACCAGGUGAAGACUGCAGCUUGACCCCCAUCUCCCGCGAGCGCCCCUGCCUGAAGACGAGGCUAGCGCCACCUUUCUCGAGUCUUAAGACUUGUUUCCAAGAGCAACGAGGAGGGGGACGGGGCUUCGCAGUUACCCUGGAGACGCGCUCCUGCCCGCCCCUAGCCGCGAGAUGCCCUACAUGUCCUUAUUAGGACAAGAGACUCGAGGGGGCGGGGCCAGCCCGACAGCCGGCUUCGGGCUCCUUAUAAGGCCGCGGCGGGAGGGAGGCGGGAGCCGGAGCGGGCUGGCGGAAUCCGGAGGGGCGGGCCUGGAGCGCUGGCGCCCACCUCUCUCUUCCUCGCGGGCUCGAGAUCCGCGUCUCGCGACUUCCGGCAUAACAGCUAGAGGCCGGGUGUUGCUUCAAACCCUGGCGAGUCGCCUGCGUCCGACUCAGCUAUACGUGUCCUUCGGCAUUGUCAGGUUGAAACCCUUUGUAGGGUUUCCAUCUGCAACCUCCCUGAGGGUCUCCCACAUCCGACUGGCCGCAAAAACGACGAAGUGCUCUCCCGUCUACCUGUGUUCGGGCGUCUUAACCCGCCGCCUGCUCCCCCCGCCCCCGAACCCAACCACGUGACCACCUCAGGUCUCCCCAACUGCCAAGGUGCCCAGGCACCUCUUAAUUUACAGUUCUCCUUCCACUAGGGCCUCUGGCCCCCGACCCCCAAUGUCCUGUUUUGGGCCUUCUCGGCACGUCCCCGACUUUCUCCCCACCGCGCACUCUGCCCUGUACCCCGGGGAUAAAGGCCACCGUUUCCUCCAGGGGUGCUGCAGCUCCUCCUGCCUUACCUUUGUGGCCUCAUCCCCUCCGCCCCUUUCUGGGUGUCCCUCCCACCGGUAUGUUUGCACCCGUUUGUUUCCCAGCCCCCGCCUCUUCUGGACUCUUCCUCAAGCCCAGUCUCCAUCUCCAGCCUCCUCUUCAAGCUCAGGCUGAAACUGACAAUCUUAGAGACCUUAGAGCGGCCAAGUUCAGGUUGGGCCCUUAAGCACCGCCCAGCCAGUCCUCCCCCGUCACAGGGGGCGCUGUCCGCCUUCCUCUAACCUACACAAAGAUGACCCCGCUCUCGAAUCUGAGGCGACUGGAAGGAGCAGGUCCAGGUUCCGGGGGCUGGGGUGGAGCGCGUCCCUAAGGCAGGUCCUGGCCGGAGCGGGGCCGAGGCGAAAUAUUGUUAGAGACAACCCGCGCACCAACCGCUUGGAGCAGCGCAGGGGCGGGAGGGCAGGUUCUCUCGUUAGUGCCCCUUGCGUAGGAGGGCCCGUGAUCUCAGCGGUCCUGCCCUCAGCUCCCCUCUUCUGCCGCCCUGCCCCGGACCAGGUGUUCGAAUCCCGACUCCAGAACUGGCGGCGUCCCAGUCCCGCCGGAGGACCCGCCCUCGGGCUCAUGGCGGCACCCGUCCGCCUGGGUCGGAAGCGCCCGCUGCCUGCCUGUCCCAACCCGCUCUUCGUUCGCUGGCUGACCGAGUGGCGGGACGAGGCGACCCGCAGCGGGCGCCGCACGCGCUUCGUGUUUCAGAAGGCGCUGCGCUCCCUCCGGCGGUACCCACUGCCGCUGCGCAGCGGGAAGGAAGCUAAGAUUCUGCAGCACUUCGGAGACGGGCUCUGCCGGAUGCUGGACGAGCGGCUGCAGCGGCACCAAACAUCGGGCGGUGACCAUGCCCCAGGCUCACCAUCUGGACAGAACAGGCCAGCACCGCAGGGGCGACCUGCAGAAGUCCAGGACUCUUCCAUGCCAGUUCCUGCCCAGCCCAAAGUGGGAGGCUCUGGCAGCUACUGGCCAGCUCGGCACUCAGGAGCUCGAGUAAUACUGUUGCUGCUCUACCAGGAGCACCUGAAUCCUAAUGGCCACCAGUUCUUAACCAAGGAGGAGCUGCUGCAGAGGUGUGCUCAGAAGGCCCCCAAGGUAGCCCCUGGGAGAGCUCGACCCUGGCCAGCCCUCCGCUCCCUCCUCCACAGGAACCUGGUCCUCAGGACACACCAGCCAGCCAGGUACUCAUUGACCCCAGAGGGCCUGGAGCUGGCCCAGAAGUUGGCUGAAUCGGAAGGCCUGAGCUUGCUGAAUGUGGGCAUCAGGCCCGAGGAGCCCCCUGGGGAGGAGACAGCAGUGCCAGGAGCAGCUUCAGCAGAGCUUGCCAGUGAAGCGGGGGUCCAGCAGCCGCCACUAGAGCUGAGGCCUGGAGAAUACAGGGUACUAUUGUGUGUGGACACCGGCGAGACCCGGGGGGCAGGGCACAGGCCAGAGCUGCUCCGAGAGCUACAGCGGCUGCACGUGACCCACACGGUGCGCAAGCUGCAUGUUGGGGAUUUUGUGUGGGUGGCACAGGAGACCAAUCCUAGAGAUCCAGCAAGCCCUGCGGAGUUGGUGCUGGACCACGUCGUGGAGCGCAAGCGGCUGGAUGACCUGUGCAGCAGCAUCAUUGACGGCCGCUUCCGGGAGCAGAAGUUCCGGCUGAAGCGCUGCGGCCUGGAGCGCCGGGUAUACCUGGUGGAAGAGCAUGGCUCAGUCCACAACCUCAGCCUUCCAGAGAGCACGCUGCUACAGGCUGUCACCAACACUCAGGUCAUUGAUGGCUUUUUUGUGAAGCGCACAGCAGACAUUAAGGAGUCAGCCGCCUACCUGGCCCUCUUGACACGGGGCUUGCAGAGACUCUACCAGGGCCACACCCUACGCAGCCGCCCCUGGGGAACCCCUGGGAACCCUGAAUCAGGGGCCAUGCCCUCUCCAAACCCUCUCUGCUCACUCCUCACCUUCAGUGACUUCAACGCAGGAGCCAUCAAGAACAAGGCCCAGUCAGUGCGAGAAGUGUUUGCCCGGCAGCUGAUGCAGGUGCGUGGAGUGAGUGGGGAGAAGGCAGCAGCCCUGGUAGAUCGAUACAGCACCCCUGCCAGCCUCCUGGCCGCCUAUGAUGCCUGUGCAACCCCCAAGGAACAAGAGACACUACUGAGCACCAUCAAGUGUGGGCGUCUGCAGAGGAACCUGGGGCCUGCUCUGAGCAGGACUUUGUCCCAGCUCUACUGCAGCUACAGCCCCCUCACCUGAGCUUAUGCCACGAAGCAGCCCCCAGCUCCCAUCUGUCUGCCCACCCAGGCUAAUCAGCCUUUCAGCCAGCAUCGUUUGGGGUACAAUUAGAAUCUAAGUGUUUGCAGCCAUAUGUCCUAUACAGGAGAUGCCUGGCCCUGGGGGCCUUGUGAAAUAUGCAGGAACCAGAGAUACCAUCUGGUCCAGUGGUUUUUAAACGAAGCUGCUUAGGACCUGGGAUUCUCUGGUCCGGGAGAUGGAGUCAGUGGGGCAUUGCAGCUUUGGAUCGACUUCAUAUCUUCAGUUGGUCCUUAUCAAAUAAAACUUCCUUAGAAGUGCAAAGGGAAAAUAAAUAAAACUUGCUGGGAAAAUAAAAUUAAUAAAAAUAAAAUUUUCUAAAAGAAAAGCUCAAAAGCCA